UUGGAAUGAGUGAGAAAGCCGUCUCUUACGGUUGUUAUACAACUUAAGGUAAACACGUGAUGUUGUUUGUACACAAGCCAAACCUAAGUUAGUGUGGGUGGUAAUGUUCAGCGAAAUAUAAUUUAACGUAGUGAGUUGGAAAAUUUAUGAUAUUCAGAAUCUCUGAUUUCCAUUUCCAGCACAUAUUUAACACAUUUAUUUGAAAUUAUAAUACAUUUAAAAAAAGAAAACAAACUUUUCUUGAUACAUGUAGUAAUACAUGUUAUAUUCGUUGACAAUCUUCUUCUGAAUAUUUAGUAUCCUAAAAAUUUUCUUGGAAUAAUUAUUGUAACGAAAUUGAACAAUCUAUUAAUUUUAUUGGCACGAAGAAAAUGGUGAUAAAAGUUUAAUAAGUUUCAUAAAAAUACAUUAACAAAAUCUGUCGGAAUUGCGAAGGAAAUGCACUGCGGUUCUCUAUAAAUAGUGCGAAAGAAGAAAAUCUAGGUAUCACUGCGCCACGUUACCCCCGCCAUUAUUGUAGAGUACCUGGCUACAUGGUGAAUUACUUUACUCUUUCAAAGUUAAGUAUACUUUGAUAGAUUUCGUAAUUCUGUUUUUUUUUAGCUCGAUAAAAACAGAUAUAAACGUCUAAUCACGAGUUAGUGCCAUGGAUGGAUACUCUGAUGAUACAGACAAAGAUAUUAAUCGGUUUAAAGAGGAUUUAAGUAUGUUUGAAGUACCCACACCACAAACAUACUGGCGCGAGGUGACAGCCAAAAAAUCAGACACAUCUGCUGGAGAAGAAUUUAAAUGCAAACAGAGCCUAUAUAUGGCACACAUGCAGCAAAAACAGUCUGCACAAAUGAAAUAUAGUCAAAAAACACUUGUAAGUUCAACUGGUUUCGGCUCCGGUAUCGAACACCCUUCUAACUUGCUUCAUCACCACCAACAGUUACAUCAACAGUUAAUGCACAUUCGAGGAGAUUCGAAGCCACCGAUUCCGAUCCUUCUUGGUCAGUCAAAUUUAGGAACAACUUCUAAUAUGAAACCAGUAAUGUCCAUAUUUCCUCAACCAGGUAGUAACUUAUUACCUUUUCAUACUCCGUCUAUCACAAGUUCACCUCUUGGAGAUCCAACAUCGUCCUUGAUAUUUCCUCGCUAUUCGGACACGGUAGGGUUAAAAAAUUCUUCUUCUGCAACUUCCUCUUCUUUCCCAAGUAGUACUAUUCCGCCACCACCACCUCCACCUUCAUCUGCAGCCUUGGCUGCGGCAGCCGCUGCACAUGCUUCACCUUCACUUUUACCUCUUCCAGGUAUUGUAAUGACGACAUCCACUUCAACUCCAACUAUGAUACCCAUACAGAUAAAUUCUAACCAGUCUUUGUCUAAUGCUGCUAAUACUAGUGUUAACACCAGGUCACAACAAUCUGGAUCGACUUUUUCUAGUCCCCGUUCAAGUCUAGGUAGUGGCGGUGGUGCUGAUUCUAAAAAUUGCAGUCCACGUACGAGUGUCAUCGGACCACCAGCUCCACCUUUACCUUUGUCAGUAGUUUACGAUCAACGAAUGAGUAGUCCACGAUCUAGUAUAGCCAGUUCGAAAUCUAGUGUUAGUGCUGGUUCAAUAGAUUCCAAACAAUCUAGUCCAAGAGCCAGCCUAACAGGAGUUUUGUAUGAUCGAUACCCUAGUCCUAGAAGUAGUAUUGUUAUGACGAACAACGAAAGGUCUUUCAGUUCCCAUCCUGACACCAUACUUAAUUCGAAUACUUACUCAUCUCAUGUUAAUCACCAGACUAUGAUGGUGCAAAAUACCAAUACAGGCGGCGGUUCUCGAUCAAUUUUAACUGACAGCAGAUUUAAUGAACCGGCUCCACAUAUUUACAAUGAGCUUAAAUAUCGAACUCAUCCUAUUAUUGUCUCUUCUCCUUCGACUGACAUAACUUCUGAUUCCACAACACAGCCAAUUUAUGCUAAUACUACUCAGUUCUUACAAACAUCUGUAAAUAAUACUACGCAAAAUCAAAGUCCCUACAUCAGUGGAGGUAUACCUAUUCAAACCACUGCUCACAACAUUCCUCGACCUCCUGUACCAGGUAAUAUCGCAUCAAUGAAUUUGCCAUUAUAUUAUGAAACAAUACCUCCGAAAAAAAAUGGACUUUCAGAUGCUGAAGAGAAACUUGCUGCCUUAACACAACAAUUAGAAAAUGAUAUGCGUAUAUCGACAACUCGUAAACCCGUUGAUAUCCCUAAGGAACCUCCUCCACCUUAUCAUGGUCCUCAUAAAACUGAACCAAUGCCUGGUAGUACAUCAUCAAGAAUUCCUUUGAAAUAUGCCAAUGCACCAACAAGUGUUGCGAAUGAGGACAUGGUAUCUAAUCAAUUCUCGCAACCCAAUUCAACAUAUAUUCAACCGACUUCAGAGACUCUUCCAAAAUUAUCUGUUUCACCACAUCUAACUUAUCAAGUGACCCCAGGACCAAGCAAAGGUCCAUCUGAAGCAGAAAAGAAACUAGCAGCUUUAACACAACAGCUGGAAGAUGAUAUGGAGAAUAAUCCUCAGGGAGAGUACUAUGGGCAAUGUUUCAAAUGUAAUGAGAAGGUGACUGGUAGCAAUGAGGCAUGUCAGGCUAUGGGGAACUUAUAUCAUACAAAAUGCUUUGUAUGUUGUUCCUGUGGCCGUACUCUGCGAGGGAAAGCAUUUUACAACGUCCAUGGAAAAGUCUACUGUGAAGAAGAUUACCUUUAUUCUGGUUUUCAACAAACUGCUGAUAAAUGCUGUGUUUGUGGUCAUUUGAUCAUGGAUAUGAUCUUACAAGCAAUGGGUAAAGCUUACCAUCCUGGUUGUUUCCGCUGUUGUCAGUGUAAUGAAUGUUUAGAUGGUGUACCUUUUACAAUUGAUGUUGAAAACAAAAUAUAUUGUGUUGCUGAUUAUCACAGGAUUUAUGCUCCAAAGUGUGCAGCCUGUGGUCAAGCAAUCACACCUGUUGAGGGCACUGAAGAAACAGUUCGUGUUGUGUCAAUGGAUAGGGAUUUCCAUGUUGACUGCUACCAUUGUGAGGAUUGUGGCAUGCAACUUACAGAUGAACCUGAUAAGCGAUGCUAUCCAUACCAGAAUACAUUGCUCUGCCGAGAUUGUCACAUAAAACGCCUCAAUGCCCGCUAUCCCGAUGAGCAGUUUUGCAUUGAUCCUGUUACUCAGCUUAUUAAAACUAUAAAUAGUGAAAACUCUAAAGUGGAUUCUCCAGGUGGCUCUCUUGGUGGAACUGUUGGAGAUUUUGCUCCUGCCACAAUCAGUGUUCUUACAGCUCCACGUAUGAAUACGCCAGCUGGUUAUCGUGGCUCAUAUUGCAGCAAUAGUACUGUAGGAGAUGCAAAUGGUGCUAACACUAAUACUCACAAUUUUAGUUCUGGCCAAGAACAGUAUUUACUAUCGAACAACUAUCAAUCAUCACAAAGACCAUAUGAUCAAAAAGCACCUUCGUCUCCUGUAAAAUCUUCCAUGAAAUACCAAAUCACAGAACUUUGAUACUGAUGGUAUAUAAUAUAUACAAAAUGAUGUUUUGUAAACUUCUUAUUGUGGUUCUUUGACUAAAACAAAUAAUGAUGUUGGAAAGCAUAUUCAAGUUUGACAGGAGAACAUAUAAAGCUUGAUAUGUCUUGAGUUUCUUUAAUAUAACCAAUUUUAAUUUGUUGGAAUAUCAUAGAAAUUUAUUCUUUUUUAUUAUCUAGUAUUUAUUACUGCUUAUGAAUAAUUUCUAUUGAAUAUAUUAUUAUUGUUCCUCACCUUGAAAUCUUGAGUUUUGAAAAAGAACUUUACAUAACUGUUUGGUUGAGAAGAUUGGAAUCUCUCGUCUCCUAAUAAGUAUGAUUUUAUCUUAUAAACUGCAAUUUUAUAGAAUACUUAAAGAAAUAUAGCACAAGUAAAUCCAGAGACAUAGUCUUCAGCAAUGCUAUAGUGCUCAUAACAUUUUACAUAGUAACUUACAUUUUUGAUAUUUUACCAACCAUGCAUAAUUUUUUAUUUAAUAAAAAUUUUUUGUUUAAUAUAAGUUUUUUUUUUUCCAGUUGGAUUUUUCAAUUCCUUUUUAAAGCUGUAAAUAUUUAGAGUUUUGCCACCUGGUUCUUAAAUGUAUGAAUUUAGUUGUAACUAAUGAUAUGAACAUUCUGAAAUAAUUAAAUCUCUUAAAUAUUUGAAGAGAUUUAUUAAAAGUAAUGUAAAUAAAUAAAUGAAAAUUUGGUUUUACUAUUCACAAGAAUUGGAAUUAAAAUAUUAGAUGUUAAAAUAUUUUUUCAAGGUCAUCUUUUUUAUUUUUAAAAUUUGUUAUCCAAUUUAACUGAAUUAAAUUCCAAUAUUGAUUGACUUGGAUUAUAAGAAGCAGUAUAGCAAUACAGUUGUUCUUUGGCUACUAGUAAAAGCCUUUGAAGUUUAAGAUAAAACAGUGAUCUGAUUAUAUAUAUAUAUAUGGUUACCAAAUUCCAUGUUUAUUUAAAUUUAUUUGAAUGUUUUCUUCCAGAUAUAGUGUUUCAGGUUAGAGCUUAUUUCUGUUGUUGACACCUCUGCUUAAACUAUAACAAUUCACUGGAAAAAUCUGUAUAUAAAACAUAUAGUUUAUAUAAUGUUUCACACAAUUUCCAAAGACCUAAGAAGUUUGCAUAAAAUAUGUUGUUAUGAUAUGGCAAUACUUUUGAUGCCUAAUAAUCGAAAUUGUUAUCUCAUAUGACUGUACAUUAAAAGAAAACUAGAAAUCAAUGAAAAGAUUAUCAGUUACUGAGUUUAAAGAUUUAAAUAGAAUGAAGUAAACCUUUAUAUGUAAAUUUAUACUACCUUCAUAUUUUAGUAACAUUUCUUCAGUUCAAAGAGUAAUUAAGGACGUUAAAAAAUAGUAAGGUGUGAUUAUAUAGUUUUGUAAUAAAUGUAAGAAAGAGAGGGACAUUUUUUUUUUCCAUUGAUAAUGGUUGUUACUUUUAGUAACUUGUUAGACAAGAUCACUAUAUAUCAUCAAUUAUCAAAUCUUGAAUGAUAUGUAGAUAUGCAUUCAGAAUUUUGAUUCCUAAUUAGUAUGAAAUGUCUCACUUCACAAUUGUAUAAAAUGAUUAUUUAUAAUUAUAUUUUGUAUCUAAUAUAUUAAAUGUUUUUAUUACAUAGAAAUAAUUCCAUUUACAUAUUGUUUCUUUUUAUUUUAUAUUAUCCUUCCAUUAUCAUGCACUUGCUAACAACUUUUGGACAAUACUUCAAAUUAUUUACACUUAUUUAAAUUUUUUUACCUCCUAAAGCCCUCCACUUAACUGGUUGUAUUGAAUUAUCUAAUUUAUAUGAUAAUCAAAAUAACAUAAUUUAAUAUUUCUAUUACGUUACUAAAUGUUUUGAGUUCUAUUUUUUAUGGUCUAGGUUUUUUGUUAAGUUCAGAUUGAUUAUUUAUUCAGUUCUAAUAUUGAUUUUUUUAUUGGAUUUUAUUAAAUAACAUUGUUUGAGUAGAGGUCUCUGAUGAAACAAUCACUUAUUUCACUGCAUGGGAGCAUUUGAGCAACUCAGAUGCAAAAAAAUGCCACAAGAUAUUGAAGGCGCUGGUUUAUCAGAUUUCUUGAUCGUUAUACUUUUCACCAAUAUAUGUAAAUGAAUGAUAUAUGCACAUACAUAUGUAUAAAAUGGGCUUCCAUACUAGAUAAUGAUCAGCAUGAGGUUAUGAUAUAAGACAUUUGUCCAAGGUUUCUCACAGUAGGAUCAAAUCUGAACCACAUGCUUGUAACAGAAAUUCACUGACCAAACAACUAUACCCAUUAUUUUUCGUCGUGAAAUGCUGAAAUAAAUACUGCCUAGCUUCAUCUUAAUCAAAUAGUACUUCACUGAUUAAGGUUAUCAAUCAAAAUCAGUAACUGGUGAUGUAAAUAACAUAAACUGAAUAUUUGUUGGGGUUUUGUGAUAAUUCUUUACUCAGUUAUUAAUCAGGUAGAGAAAGAGCAAGCAACGAGAUUAAUGCUGUUGAUAUUCAGCUUAAAUUUAUGUAGGUUGAUGUCUGGGGGGAAAAAAACAUUGUGAGACCUGAAUGUGAAACUGUAAGACCUACAUGAAUCAAAUGAACUUCAUUGGAAGAUGUUUUUGUUUUAAUAGUUCAAAGGAGCUGAGGGUGUUAUAAUGGAGAUUAUAGAAGUGAAUCUAGCAAAGAAACAUGUGAAUCAGCUUUCUUUCUGAUACCAGCUUAUACUGUCUUUAACUUGUUUGAACACUGAUUAAACAAACAGACUACUGGGGAACUGAACAAAUGGUAUCAAUGUAACACAGUGUCAGUUGGUCAAGAAGUCUGGUAAACUGAGCUAGUAUUAUUAAUGUAGCUUGGUCAGUAUGUCUGGAGAGCUGAGCUAGAGAUGUAGGUGUAGUCAUCAUCAUCAUUUAGCAUGAAGGCGGACGUUAAAUGAUGACUACACCUACAUCUCUAGCUCAGCUCUGACAUACUGACCAGGCUACAUUAGUAACACGAGCUCAGUUUACCAGACCUCUUGACCGACUGACACUGUGUUACAUUGAUACCAUUUGUUCAGUUCUCCAGACCUAAGUGAUCAAGUUAUAAUAGCCUCUCAAAUUCAGAUUUGUAGUCCUAGUCGCCAGUUAUACAUUAACAGGAGUUUUUCUAUUCUCCUUUCUCUUCGAAACUGUUAUCCAUCAAUCAUGAUUUACCAAAACAAAAUCAUUAAAGCUAUGAAAUUUACUCUAGAAUUAUAUGAUAAGUAUUGUCAUCACCUAAAUAACAUUUAUAAAAUUAAAGUUUUGCGUUUAAAAUAGAAGCUGACAAUCAAGUGCAUUUUUUCCCCUAGACUUUAUAAAUUGCCUAAAUUGAGAAUUUAGACAAAACUCUGGCUAUAAAACUUCAUUGGUUACUCUUUAUUUCUUCAUAUAUUUAGCAAGUUCAAUAAGUUAGUUUCUAAUUUUAUUUCGUCUUCAUCCCUGCCAUGACAAUCAUGUUAAACUAUAUAAAAUUAUUUACUACUCAGUAUUUUCCAUUCAAAUAAUUUGCUUAUUCCAAAUUUCUUGAAAUUCAUCUAACCAACUCUCUAACUUUCAGAAGCAGUGACUUGUAAUGUGCCAUCAUGGUAUUAGUCAAACAAUACAUAUUUUCCUGGAAAAGAAUUGUAUUCACGUCAUUAUUUACAUAAGACCCCAAACAUAAAUAAUUCUUUAUUGUCUAUAAUAUCUUAUAUAUCAGUAAAUAUAUGUUAUUUUGUUGAGGUCAUCUAAAUAUCAUUAUUGAAAACAAUUGAUAUUUUAUUGAUAUAUUUAAUAUCAAUCAUUUAAAAUGUCAAAGGAAUCUUUUUCCAAUAAUCCUCCAAGUAUUAUAUCCUUAAUAUUGUGAGUAUCCAGUGAAAAGUUGAAAGAGCAUGUAAUUUAUUCCUCCAACAUAUUGAAUUUCAUCUUUGAUGGAAGCUGGCCACACUUACCUCUAUUCUUUCCUAACAUUUUAUACAACAGCACAUUUUAAUUUUGUUCCUUGAAACCCUUUUUAAAGUUCUCUAUAAUUAACAAUCUAAACAUUAUGAAAAAUAAUUACAAUUAUCUAGAUAAUACUUUUCCCUCCUGGUAUGGUUCACACAUCUGAUGACAGAUUUUUCUCUUUGAAGAAAAACCAUAAGUAUGUAGGCAUGGUAUGAUGGACCUGGAGAUUAUUAGAGAAUGAAAGGGACAACUUAAUAUUACUCAUUUUCAAGAAACCUUCAAGAUUUAUAGUCUUUUUAUUGUUAUAUUGUUUUUUAAAAAAAUACUUUAUUUUAUCCAACCCUUUUUUUUUUUCUUUUUUUUUGCCAGUGAGAAAAUUCUUUGCAUUUCGUUUAUUUUGGCAUAGUCUUUUUUAAUGUAAUAGUUCACAAAAUUAAUAAACAAAUCUUGCCAAUCUAUACAAUUGGAUUUCAUUUCAAUAUCUGUUUAGUACUUUAAAGAAAUGAGUUUCCUAUAAGUUAUUCAUCAUAAAUAAAGUUGUUUGACACUUGCAGCUUAGAUUUUUAAGAGCAUCCUUACAUGUAUUAAUUAAUUUUUUUCAAUCAAAUUACAUUUAGUAAGCAAUUAAAGGGAAUCAAAAAAAUGUCUUAAUACAAAUUUUUCCCACAAGUUUGUGACAACCCUACUAUUUGAAAAAAUUUAGAUUGUUGAAAGACAAAAUGUGUUGAGAGAGAUAAUAUAAGUUAAAGCUCUCCUUUUUUUUUUUUUUUAAUAUAAUUCUCCCAUGGUAAUUAUAAUUUAAUAAAUGUUCUCACAGUCAUGUUAUGUUAUGAAAUUUCAAAUAAAAAAAUAUUUCAGUUUAUGUAUCAAUAUUUUUAUCUUUUUUUCUCUGAAGGAAGAAAUUUUCAAGUACUCUAAAGAAGUAUAUAUAAUUUUAUAUCUGUUUAUAUAUGUAUUACUAAAUUUUUCACCUUAAAUUCUUGAAUGAUAUUUAAUAUUUUCACAUUCUCUUUUUCUGUCACAAGUUUUCAUUUUGCAUAUUAUUAGUUGAAUAAUCUUUUUUGCAUUUAAAGAUAUAUGUUGUAAAUUACUUUUAGUUAAAUUUCAGUUCUGGCUGCUUAUUUCUUAAAAAAUUAUUUACAAAAUCUUUUAUUAGAAUGAAUUAUAAAUCAGCCAUAACUUUGCAGUGCUGGUUAUAUAUUUGUUUCAAAGUACUUUGAGAAACAUAGUACAAACAGGUCUGCUGGCUUAAGUAUGUCCUGGAGCAAUAUAAUUUUUGUUUUGAACCAAAAAUGUAAGAGUAUAUUAAUUAACAUGUCAUAAGAGCUCAGUUUGGACCUAUUUUAUGAGUUUGACAUCUUGUCUUCUUGGUACCAUAUUUAUUCCUUCUUAUGAGGUUAACCAAUCUUUUUAAGGUGACAUGUAUUACACUGUCUUUUAUUUUAAAAUGAUACAUUACACCGUAAUAUAUAUAAGUCCUGUUUCAGUAUUAUGUUUUACACAUGAUUUAUUUGUGCAUUACUAUUUGUUUCACAUUUUUUUCUAAGAGGCACAAAUUUUAAGUACACAAGUGUAUUAUAAUACAUUUAAAACAUAUUGUGUUGAAUAUAGCUUGGAACAAAAUUAUUCACACCAUUGAUUUAAGUUUUGAUUAUCAAAGAUGUAUUUUUUACAGCUUUAAACAUAGUCUCUAAUUUGUUCAAUUUAUAAAGGCAGUUUUGCUGUCUACUGCCUGCAUCUGGUUUAUGACUUUCACCCACUAGAUGUUAUCUUUAUUAAUUGAAAAAUUGCAUGCCUGUAUUUAUAACCUUAAUAUCAAAGCUAUAAACACAUCUUUGGUAAUUGUAAAUAAUUUUGUUUCAAAGCUUUCUCUUCUUAUAUAUGUCAUUUCUUUAGCUAGGCACAAAGGUGAAUUUGGGGGUUUAGCCGAGUUUAUAGUCUGUUGAGUUUAUUGUAAUUUACUACUGGUUCUUAUUUUGACUUUGGAGUGAUUACUAAAGUUGAAGGUUUUUAAAUUUGGAAUCGAAAAGAAAUUUAAUAUUGUAAAGCACUUAGUUUGGUGCAUGAUUAUCUCGAUCAUAUCCAUUAAAUUUUACACAUAUACAUAUUACUUUUAAUAUGGCUUUAUUUUUUACCCAUAGCGCCAAUGAUAAGUUCCUAGCAAGGUGAGACUGUGACAAUACUGAUAUUUGGUUGAAACGAUUUUGCUUCAACUUAUAUUACUGAUACUCUUAGAAGAGACAGGACCUCGCAACUUCUUAUUUCUUAUAAAUGGCCUUUGUGCCUUCUGUAAAAGCCAACCAAUCUUAAAUCUUAUUGCGUUAUCUUCAUUAAAAUAACUAUAGUAGAAAGUCAUACAGAAAAUGCUUUGUUUUCAAUGAGACAGCUCAUAACUAAACUCUCUUGCCACACAUUCCACAUUAAAAUAAAAAGAUAUUACCAGUGAAAUUCUUUCACUCAAAAGUUGGUUUCAAGUUUUCAUAGAAUUUAUUCUUCUCUGCUUGCAUGGAUUCUAAUAAUGGAUUUGGUAACAAAUGAUUUCCGUCUGUCUAAAUUCUUUUUUUAACAUUUGAUUUGUAGCUCACUGGAGCUCAAAAUAAGGCUGGGUGACUUAAUAUUUCAUUUCUAUAGUGUCAAUAAAAAUAAAUACAGGAAGCAACUCAGUUUCUAUCUAUUAAAAUUGAUCCUGUGCCUUGUCAAAGUAAAUUAAUGUUAUCAGACUUGUUGGCGGUAAGGGAGUUUAUUUAAACAAUAAUUUUCUAAAUACAAUAUCAAAUCAUUUGACAUUUAUCCAGAUUUGAGUAUACCACAUGUAACACGUUAUUGAAAUUAACUUUUCUUAGGUCAUUAAUUGCCACUGAAAUCUUCAUGUUGUGUAUUGAUGACAUGUAAGCAUGGUAGAUAGAAUUCCUCUCUGCAAGCCUGAUAUUAGUCAGAAAUCACAGGAAUAAGAGAUUAAGGAAUGAAAAAACUCCACUAGGAAUCAAACAAAUAUUGCAGACUUAGUAUACAAGGUGUUUACAAUUAUUCUGCAGUGUUUGCCUAAUUGUUAUAGAAUCAAUAAUUUUACUAGUUAAUCUCCAGUUUCUUGAAAGCUUUCAAAAGUUUGUGAAGAAAAAAAACUUAAGUCCUUAAGUUUUUUCUUUCUUUAAUUAGAAGUUAUUUAAAAAAAAAAAGCCUGUGAGAACUAUCUUAUUGUGGUUAUUGCCAGUUAAAAAGCUAUUCUUUGUUAUAUAAAUUGUAUUUCACAAAAAUUUCAACACUUUAUUGUAUGUAUGCUUUCAAUGGUGUUUGGUUAUAUAUAAGCAGUAAACACUGAAACUGUUUUUUAUUUUUCUUCCUGUGAGAAAAUUGUAGUUUUUUCCCCCUCUUUUUGAUGCUGUAAUGCAAAUCUUUCAAAUGUACACAUUUUAAAACAAAGAAAAUAAACUUGCAAAUUUAUUUUUUCUAAAACAUA